ACUGGGAGCACCGUUUGAUGUUGUUCAAUUCGUAUUUUCCCCAUUACUAAGCAGAAAUCCAUAUAGAUGAUGAAUAUAUAGGACUAUAAAUAUUGAAUUCAUUAUGUAAUAUUGUCAUUAUUAUGUUAUCAUUCGGAGGUGGAGGUUUAGUGAAUUCAAUAAUUAAUAAAUUACCUUUCGAGUUACAUUUGCCUGGAUAUCAUUAUUGUGGCCCUGGAACAAGACUUUCAGAACGUCUUGCUAGAAACGAUCCGGGUAUAAAUAAACUUGAUGAAGCUUGUAAGGAACACGAUAUAGCUUAUUCCAAACAUACGGAAUUGUCUGAUAGACAUAUUGCUGAUAAAAUAUUAGAAGACAAAGCUUGGGAACGAGUGAAGUCCAAAGACGGCACAUUUAAGGAGAAAAGUGCUGCCUUGCUAGUCACCGGAGCAAUGAAAAUGAAACGAAAGAUGGGUAUGGGUCUUCGGAAUAGACAAAAAUCUUUCAGAAGUUUUGUCUUGAAACCAACUCAUAAAAUUUUAAAGAAAUCAGGGGGCGAUGAUUUGAGAAAAUCAACGUUGAUCGCCCUCAAAACAGCUCGAACUGCAAUUAAGAAAGCAGGUGGAAAGAAAAAUAUUAAAAUUCCCCGAAUCAUACCAUUCGAAUCAAAAUCCGGUGGAAUUCUACCACUCAUACCCAUAUUCGCAGGACUGUCAGCAUUAGGAACCAUGUUAGGUGGAGCUAGCGCUGUUGCCAAAACGGUAAUUGAUGCUAAUAAUGCUAAGAAAAAACUGGAAGAAGAUCAGCGACACAACAAAGCGAUGGAGUCCAUAGGACAUGGACUUUUCAUAAGAAAAUCCAAACGUGGAUUUGGUUUAUAUAUUAGAAAACAGUCAAAAAACUAGAUAAGCUACCCAAACGUGCCCUUUAUGAUUAUGAAAUCGAAUCUUUUGCGAGAGAAAUGAAAAUAAAACAUUUCCGAGGUGUUUUCAUGAGAAAUACAUUACCAAAAUUCCCAAAGAAGAAUGAAUGUGCAAUUCUCAAUUUAGAUUCAGUUGAGGGUCCUGGA